UUCCAAAACCUAAGAACUCGAUAAUUGAUAGUCCUUCUAAUCUGCUGACCUUUUUCAGAUAGUUACAGGUAAGGAGCAGUCACCGGACUUCACCCUGAGCCCACUACCGCUGUGCGUAUAAACAUCGGAGCACAUAAUGACAGUAAUAAUAAACACGCGCCGUGUCGGCGGAUCUCCGUCUGCUCUGUUUCAUCUCCGAGUUCGGUGGAUCUCGAGAUCGCGCCGAGUUCUAAGUGACGUUGCGAGCUUCCGAAGAUGACGUUUAAGAAAAAAAAGGGGGAGGAGGGGUGAGCGGAGCGGAGGUGAAGAAGAGGAUGAUGAAGCUGGGAGAGCGGAGGAUGGGAGGAAGAGUAGAGUGAGUGAGAGAGAUAGAGAGAGAGAGAGAAGACAGGCUGGCUAGCCGAUGACUGUGGGUGCCUGCCUGCGAGGCUGAGUGUGUGGCCGGUCGGUCGGUCGGUCGGUGGGAGUUGUGGAGGGACGGACUGCAUCGUUAACUACCGGAUUGGAACAAAAGCAGCGCGUUUUAAACCUGCGGAGACUCGCCGUAACGGAAAGUUUGAACUUUUCUCCCACCGCCGCCGCCGCUCGGGCUCGCACCGUGCCGGCUCCCCGGCUUUGUUCCGCCACAGCAGCCGCCGAGUCCGCCGCCGAUACAUGCAGGAAUAAUAAACUACCAGCCGCUGCGCUUUUUAUUGUUAUCCGCUGAAGAGGGGAACCCCGGGCUUGUGUUCGCUGAGUGGAGUGAGAGAAUGGCGGCCAACAUGUACCGAGUAGGAGAUUAUGUGUAUUUUGAGAACUCGUCCAGCAACCCCUACCUGAUCCGCAGAAUAGAAGAACUAAACAAGACGGCCAAUGGAAAUGUAGAAGCCAAAGUGGUGUGUCUCUUCAGGAGGAGAGAUAUAUCUGGCAAUCUAAACACACUUGCAGACAGCAAUGCCAGAGACUUUGAGGAGGAGUCCAAGCAGCCACCAAUCACUGAACAACAGAAACACCAGCUUAAACACAGAGAACUGUUCCUGUCCCGACAGUUUGAGUCUCUUCCUGCCACACACAUUCGGGGGAAGUGUAACGUCACACUUCUGAAUGAGACUGAUGUUUUAACAAGCUACCUAGAGCGAGAGGACUGUUUUUUCUACUCAUUGGUAUUUGACCCAGUCCAGAAGACCCUGCUGGCUGACCAGGGCGAGAUCAGGGUGGGCUCCAAAUACCAGGCUGAAAUCCCUGACAAAUUGGCUGAAGGUGAAUCAGACAAUCGAGUACAGGAGAAACUGGAGACGAAGGUGUGGGACCCAGAUAACCAACUGAAGGACUCUCAGAUAGAUCAGUUUCUGGUGGUGGCUCGGGCUGUGGGGACGUUUGCCCGUGCAUUAGACUGCAGCAGCUCUAUUCGCCAGCCAAGCCUGCACAUGAGCGCAGCAGCUGCGUCCAGAGACAUUACGCUGUUCCAUGCUAUGGACACACUGCAGAAGAAUGGCUAUGACCUGGCCAAGGCCAUGUCCACACUGGUGCCACAGGGCGGGCCUGUGCUGUGCCGGGACGAGAUGGAGGAGUGGAGUGCCUCGGAGGCCAUGCUGUUCGAAGAAGCGCUGGAGAAAUACGGAAAAGACUUCAAUGACAUUCGCCAAGAUUUUUUGCCCUGGAAGUCGUUAGCUAGUGUGGUUCAGUUCUACUACAUGUGGAAGACCACGGACCGUUACAUCCAGCAGAAAAGACUGAAGGCAGCAGAAGCAGACAGUAAACUGAAACAGGUUUACAUCCCCACCUACACCAAACCCAAUCCCAACCAGAUCAUGGCUCCUGGUAACAAGCCUGGCAUGAACGGAGCCGCAGGUUUUCAGAAAGGCCUGUGCUGCGAGAGCUGCCACACUGCCCAAUCACCUCAGUGGUAUGCAUGGGGACCUCCCAACAUGCAGUGUCGACUCUGCGCCUCUUGCUGGAUUUACUGGAAGAAGUAUGGUGGGCUGAAGACCCCAACACAGUUAGAGGGAGCUACAAGAUCUGGCUCGGAUGCAGCCCCACGUGGUCACAUGACUCGUCAGGAAGUGCAGGGCAUGUCCCCGUUCACCAGCAGCGCCGGCAGAGCAAAGCUAUUGGCUAAGAACCGGCAGACAUUUAUUCUGCAGACCACCAAGCUGACCCGCAUCGCCCGGCGUGUAUGCCAGGACAUCCUGCAGUCUCGUCGGGCUGCCCGGCGCCCUUACGCAUCCAUUAAUGCCAAUGCUGUCAAAGCAGAGUGUAUGAUAAGACUCCCAAAAGCAUCAAAGAAUGCUAUAAAGAACCGCCCUAUUCCACGACCAUCCCUCGUCAACAUAGUAAAAGAACUUGCUGUCCAGGCUCCUCUUAAACUCAAAGCUCCCCGUGGUGCUCCCACCCCUAUCAACCGUAACCAGGCAAGCCAACCCCGCAGCGCCCCUGCCCUGCUUGGGAAGAGGCCCUUUGAUAGUGGAAGUUAUGUGGGAGGGCACCCCUUUUCCACCAAUGGGAGGCCAUUUAUGUCCAGCAUGAGAACAACUUCCCAGUCAGUAAUAAAGCGUCAGAGAGUCAGCCAUGGAGAUGCCCCCAAUCCUGUAGUGUUUGUGGCUACUAAAGAAACCAGAGCACUAAGGAAACACCUGACCCAAGCAGAGAUGCGGCGGGCAGCUAGGAAACCAAACAUCCCCGUCAGGGUGAAAAUUCCUCUGCCUCCACGGCCACUUCCUGUACCCAUCCUGCCCUCCAGUACCAGCGAGCCAAUUGUACUGGAGGACUAAAGCACCUUUCUGUUAGGCCACAUCCCCUGCCAUCACACGUCAAAUCCCACCAUGUUUAGAUGUUUUUCUCUCUUUUCUUCUCUUACUACCCACCAAAACCUGAUUUCGCAAACCCUCAUUCACAUCAACUUACUGUUUUACUCUCACUCUCUCUUGCUCUCUGUCUAUAUAUCUAUCUCUUUGUCUGUCUGUCUGUCUGUCUGUCUGUCUGUCUGUUUCUGUCUGUUUGCUUGUCCAUCUCUCUUAUUCUCUGGUGCUGUUUCUCACUCUCGCUCUGUCAGCAAACACGCAUACAGACACUCAGACCAGCGUAAGCCCCACACAUCUCACUGCAGCAGGCUUUGGGCAUGGACUUUGUAGUGUUUUAUUCCAGUGUUAUGGUUUAAUUUUUCCCCCUCCUCUCCCUCCCUUUCCUCUUUUUUUAAUGGCAAAUAUUUUUAACUGUGUAAUUUAAAUCAGAUAAUGCUCAACAUGAAAUAAUGGUGAUAAAGCACACUUUAUUUUUUCCUCCAGGUCGAUCUUUAUUUGUGUAAAUAUUAACAUUUUUCAGGAGUGUUAUCUUUAAUGCUGGGUUUAGAAGGGGAGGGAAGGGAUCUGAAUUAGGGGUUUGUGGCAUGUCUCUUUUUUCAUCUUUCUUUUUUUCUUUGGUCCAAAAAAAAAAAAGAAAAAU